UAGAAUAACUCAACGGAGUUAAUUAAUUAACAUUGCCACACAAGUCUCGAUUCGCACACUCGCACCCAUUCUUGAACACCAAGCGAAAGCUGAAUUUCAACCCACCGCUUCUUCUUCUUCUUCUUCGUUCAAAGUCACAAAACGCCAACGAAGACAGCGAUCUGACUGACCAAGAACACCGAACAAUUAUAUACUUAGAAAUCUUCUUGCAAAACAAAGGGCAAAAACAGAAAAUGUAUGUGGAUCACGCGUUUUCGAUCUCGGACGAGGACAUGAUGAUGGGUACCUCGUACACUGUGAAUAACAAGCCCCCAAUUAAGGAGAUCUCACUCGCUGUCGCUCUUCUUGUUUUUGGAACCCUUGGAAUCAUCAUCGGUUCUCUCAUGGCUUAUAACCAUGUCGGCGGUGACACUGCUCACGGGUUGUUCUUUGCGAUCUUGGGAACGCUGUUGUUCAUACCAGGGUUCUACUACACAAGGAUUGCAUAUUAUGCUUACAAGGGUUACAAGGGAUUCUCUUUCUCUAACAUACCUCCAGUUUAGUUUACUUAUUAUAUAUGUAUGUCAUAUUGUUAAGAUGAUCAUAUACCCUUCUCUUGUACAGAUCUCUUUUUUUGUUGAACUUUGUACUUUACUUUCUUUUGUGUCUAAACUAAACCAUAUAUACUGCUACUUGCUACUACUGUUAGGAUUUGUUCUAUCAAGUGAAUCAUUCUGCUCUGAAAUCGUUAACUAGGACAUGGAUGAAUGGUGAUAGUUUAAGUUUUGCGUGUCAUGUGUAAGCGUGGAUUAAAUGAUAUAGAAGUAUGAUUUGAGGGCUUA